AUGUUGAGAGGAUACAAAGUUGCGUCUUCUCAUGUACGGGGGGUUGCCUUUUUUGUACCGUCAAAUAGAAUCAAUGAAUAUUCCAAACGUGAAUUGCAGGAGAAUGCAACAAUUGAAUUAUUUGAAGAUAACUAUAAAAAGCUUAAACAUUACUACGAGGAUAGAUUCCCGGAUAUCAAAUUCAAAAAUGUGAAAACUCAGAAAACACCAUUUGCCAAAUUUUCGUUCAAGCCAAAUGAUGAUACUGUUGUGGCAGCCUUAGAUUCGGUUAACAUUGAUUUCUUCCAAAAUAUUAAUGAAAAAAUACCAGUUGCUGAUGACGUAUUGGCUGAGAGAGAUUUCCGGAAAAUGGUGAAACUUGCACUUUACAACACUAAGGUUCCUAAGCUUUAUAACCUCUUGAAGUGUAACUUGUCUCGUAUCUCCACCUUAAAAGACGAACUGACACCAAGUGAUGUCUCGGUAAUCAUCAGGCGACUAAUAUCAUACCAUGAUAUGGUGUCUAAAAGUGCUAAAUUUAUGACGAAAAAUAGAAAGUACCUCUAUGAAGACAAUGAGAGUUACGUCACUCGCUUGAAUGAGAUAUCUGAUUCGCUUUACACUCAAAAUACCUUGAUUUUCAAUGCCUGUGCUAGAGCUUUUGAUUUAUCAAUUUCGGACUAUGAAGAAAUCGUCAUGUUUCAUUACAGGAAUGGGAAGAUUCCGAAAACAGUAGAGAUAAUUGCUGGACUAGAGAAAAAAGCCCAAGAGGUGGAUUCCAAACUGUACCUUUCGAAUAAGUUAUGGUUUUGCAAGUUGGAUAUACUCUCAAAGACGAGUAACCAAUUUUGGAAGAUUUAUGGUGAAAAACUCUUUCGAAAUGAGAAGAAGGUCGGGUUGAAAAAUAAUUACUUGUAUCCACACCAUGGGCAUAAUUUCCAAAUUUUGCUGCAAAGGUAUGAACAUGACAAAUCAAUAAAUAAUUUACCUGACGAUGCCGAUAUCAUAAACGUGAUUAUCAAAGGUUUAGGUAAACAUUGUGACAUUCCUUCGCUUGAUAAGUUGAUUGAAUCGUAUUGGGGUAUUAAAAUUGAUAGGAUUUCGGAAAGGGGUGUUUAUUUGAUGGAACAUUUCAAUAUCAGAAAAAACGUUAAUGCCCUGAUUUGGCCAAAUGAAAAAAUAAUAACGAGCAUACUGCUAUCAUAUGCAACAAAUGGCGACGUUGCUACAGGUAUCAUGGUUAACAAUAUGAUUUUGGAAAAGUACAACGACAAGAGGAUACUAAAUUCUUUAAACACAAUAAAAUAUUGGGAAUUUGUACUGCGGUGCGUCGGCUUGUAUGGUGAUGCAACAGAGAAGAACAUUGCUAGAUUACUGAAUGAGACAGAAAUCAUCGAUGAUCAUGGCAAUUCUUUACUUGAAAUUAAGUACAGGUUUUUCGAUAUUGUAUCGAACAUGAGUGAAAGAUUCGUAAGGUUUCCAACCAGAGAAAUGUUUCAACUGAAAAUCAGAUAUUCGAGUUCUCAUGAAAUUUUGAAUGGAUUACCUAUUGCCUAUAAGCAGCUAAAUAACGAUGGUUACAACCAUUCUAGAUUAAACUAUCGUGCCAAUCAACAUACUCUCUACAAAUAUGUCGAAGAAUGUUGUAAAGAGCUUGGUAAUAGAGGACUUUUCCUCGAUGCUAAAUCGAUAAUUGAAAAAUACAUAACAUCCAAACAAGAAACAAAGUCAUUGAAGGAUAUGCUAGGUGAGAUGCAAGAGAUUUACGCACGAAAAAGAGUAAAAGAAGACGAGCGCAAACGACGGGUUGAAGAUGAAGAUGAUGACUUCCAACUAUGGUAA